AUGUCAAUCAUUCCCUUGGAUCUUUUUAUUUCCGCCGCGCUGCUACUGGCAUGCACCGUGACAGCUAGCCCGCUAGGUGAGCGACAUCAUCGAGGUGCUCUGACAUUUGUCGAGCGCAGAGCAAACUCACGUCUCGCGCUUCUUUUGGAUCGUCUGCAUUAGGUAUGUCUUCACCACAAAGCGAUGCACAUUAUUUGGAGCGCCGUUUGGGCGGUCUGCCAGAAGCUGCGAGCGAAGCGAAGCUUGUCAAGACUGCUCUCGACCGGCAAGCAGUCACGCUGCAAUCCGACUCCACGAGUCCUAGUAAGGAAAAUUCUUCGGUCGCAUCCAACGUGGACAAGCUGCGCAGAGCACCUUUGGAGCGCUCGGACAGACCCAUCUCUCACCGGACCAAGUGGCAGAGUCUGCGAAGACAAAAGAAUGACUUGGAAAAGACCUCCGGUCGAAAUUUACCCUUGAGCCCGCACGAGUGGCGCGAGUUGCGGGCAGGUACCCACGCGCAUGCCGAUCAGUCAGACUCGGGCGUUCACGAUACCGCCACUCUUCCAAGCAUCAACAAACGUGGCUUUUCCUUAUUUGCUCCCACUUCCCGCACAGCAGCAUUGAAGCAGCGCUUCUCCAAGCCUCGAAACGGCGUAUGGCGCGGCAUCAAUAGUCUCAAGACUCUGAGCACCGGCACGGUCGGCACGAUCAUUCGCUCCAUCAAGAGUGUUCAGGCUUCAGCUGGAGCGCAAGUCAGUACGGGAUUAAAGGUCACUCGUCAACCGUGGAGAUUGCCUAGGAUCAGGAUGAAGUUGAGAUUGAAGCUCAAUCUCAAAGUUGGGGCUAAAGCUUCGAUGAAGGACAUGCUGCCUUGA